CUGGGUCUUUUCGGCCGUCAAAGCUAUCCAGCUCGGUUGCUACCACGUUGAGUUCCUGAUCGGCCCAGUAAAACUGGGCCAGCCAGCAGCUAUCUUCUCGCUGUGAAAAAGCAUCCCACGAGAUUCUUUCGACACUUUGGCUCGAAAAACUAACCUUUGGUUUGUAGAACCAUCGUCGAAGAGAGUUCAUCGUUCCUUCCUUGUCAUGUUUCCACACUUCCGCCCUUCCGCCUACGUCACUUCCGUUGGAGGAUCAUGAAUUUCGAAGCGUUUCACGCUGAUAACAAAAAUAACGCCGUCGUGGUUUCUGCUGUUCCUGAAGCCACAAAACAGCAACCAUGUAUGCUCGGCAUCGACGAAGCUGGAAGAGGGCCUGUAUUAGGACCCAUGGUGUACGCAUGUGCCUAUUGCCCGCUCAAAGAUGAACAAUCACUCAAAGAGCUAGGAUUUGCGGAUUCGAAAACACUGACGGAAGGCAAACGUGAAGAGUUAUUUAAAGAAGCCAACAACCGAGCUGAAUGGCUAGGCUGGAUGCUGAGAGUGAUUUCGCCCACCGUCAUCUGCAACAGCAUGCUCAACAUCUGCAAGUACAGUUUGAACGCCGUGAGUCAUGAAGCAGCCAUGGCCCUCAUCCGUGGAGCUCUCGACAGCGGGGUCAACGUCAAGCAGGUCUACGUGGACACUGUGGGGCCGGUGGACAAGUACCAGGCCAAGCUGGAAGCUGCAUUUCCCGAUUUGACCAUCACGGUGGCCAAAAAGGCAGACGCUACUUUUCCCAUCGUUAGCGCUGCCAGCAUUUGUGCAAAGGUGGCGAGGGACAACGUCACAUCCCAGUGGUACUUUCCCGAAGGCAUCUCGGAUGAAGACUACGGAUCUGGUUACCCUGGAGAUCCCGUCACGCAGAAGUUCCUGUUGCAGAGCAUGGAUUCGGUCUUUGGCUUUUCCAGCUUUGUUCGCUUCAGUUGGAUGACAGCUGACAAGAUCCUCCAAGAGAGGGCGUCGGCCGUGUCCUGGCCGAAAGAAGACGAGAGUGGGCAGUCCAUACGGGCCUUCUUGAAGCGCUGCUCGGAUGGGACGUCCAAGGCAGCGCCCAAAAGUCAAUUUUUUGAGCACCGCUUGCUGCAUCAGAAACCAUCCUGUUUCCCCAAACGUCAUCCGCAUGGCAGGUAUUGCCAUCAUCUCCGAGGAAUUUGAACGAAAGCUCUUUCCCAAUGACGCUGUCAACCACACAUCUCUCAGCUCUCAAGUCCUCGGAAGAAAUGUUUUACGACAACAGCGCCUGAUAGAGUAUGUGUGCUGUCCUCCUCUUCUGUAUCGCUUUCUGUUAUUUGGGAUCAUCUUUCUGUUUCCGUUUCUGCAUGUCGAGCUUCGUCUUUUACGCUGGUCUGCCUGUGCUUGUCGUGACCUCUCCUCUUUGGUCCUCCGUGCUCUCGUUUCGCCGCAGCAAGUAUUUCUCUUCUCUGUAUUUCAGCUGUGAGUGUCAAAUGUUGCGCAGCUACUCGGAAUUCUUUUUAUUCUUCCAAGAAUUUCAGUUUUUCCCCGUUUCAAGUUAUUACGGAAAUAUCGCUAAGCUGCGUUUUCUUAUUCGACCAGGGUAACCCUCACGGAAGUAGGUGACGUACGAGGGUUAGCCGUCACAUGGCCAGAGGGUGAGUGGUGACAACCACAGGUGUGACACAAACCCGCCAUUGUUGUAGCUACCCUCAAGUGGGCGCUUUUUUGCAAAACCGACAUCUUGUCCUGGUCACACGUCAUAGGCAACGUUACUUUGAGGUCAAGGCUUUAGCGCUUGCCGACAGAUUGAUGUUGCCAUAAAGUUGAGGUGAACAUAUUUUGCCAGCGUAAACUAUACGGUGCUUCUUCCGCGACAUGGUAGCCCAUUUCGCUUUAGUUUAAGUACAUCACGUAUAGUGCCUUAAUGUGGGGUCGUCAUCGCAUAUUUGGAAGUGGUCAACAGUACAGGCCCCCUACAAAACUGCGCAUUUGUGUGUGGUGACGUUUUCUGUGACAUGUGACCAUGAUUUGUCUGCAACACAUUGCACUCGCCCAGCACACUUUCGUCUACCCAAUCAGGGCCACUUUUCACAUGGUGACACGGGGUGCGUAGAGUUUGUUUAUUUAUUUAUUUAUUUAUUUACCCUCAGGGCUACAGCAUUAAAGAGGGGAGGGGCUUGAAACAAAGCAGGAACAAUGUGGAAUACAAUAAAAAAAAAUAACAACACAACGAACCAAAAACACGAGCAUAGAUAGUAUCACUGGUGGACAAUCAGAUUAGUAUAUGUAAAGCUUAAAUAAUCUUCACGUGGUCGUGAAGCAGUUUUCUGAACUGUCUACCGUCAGUGAUGGAGGUAAGGUGACCCGGGAGAUGAUUCCAUUCCAGUGAGGUUUUAGGUAAAAAUGAGUCAAAACACGUUUUAGUAGUGCAGGAUGGGACACCAACUUUCUGGCGAUGAUCAAGCCUUGAUGAGACGUAUGAUGGAUGUGCAAUUAAAUGGAGUUUUAGCGUUUCGCUGUAGUAAUAUAUCUUAUGGAACAGACAGAGUCGAGCAAACUGGCGGCGAACAGUCAAGGGAGAUAGGUUAAGGGCUGAUUUCAUCGCAGUGACACUGGCUGUACGACUAUAAUUUCCGAGAAUAAACCGUGCAGCACGGUUCUGAACCAUUUCCAGUUGGUGAAUGAGUGAUUGUUGCCCUGGAUCCCACGCCGAAGCGGCAUACUCUAAUUUAGGAAGAAUUAGCGUUCGGUAGAGUGUUAGUUUUACGUUGAGCGGUGCGAGUCUGAAGUUGCGGCGAAUGUACCCUAGAGUGCGUGUGGCGUUAUUGGUUAUAUAUUCAACGUGCUGACCCCAUGAGAGAUUAGAGGAAACGUGUACGCCUAAAUAUUUAUAUAGUGUAACUUGUUCUAGUACGGUGUUACCAAUCAUGUAUGUGGGACAUUCGCUGUUACUACGAGACACUCUCAGGUGUUUACAUUUAGUGAGAUUUAGUUCCAUAUGCCACGUGGAGCACCAUGACUGUAGUAUGUUCAGAUCUGACUGUAAUUGCAUGGAAUCUGAACGUUCUGUUAUUUCACGAUAUAAAACACAGUCGUCAGCGUAAAGACGUACAGAACAUGAAAAAAGGCCGGGGAGAUCAUUAAUGCAAAUUAAAAAAAGCAAUGGACCGAGAACCGAUCCUUGUGGUACCCCGGACAGAACA